CAAAGGUUGCACUGAUGCAAGGAGGAUGAGGAUGAGUUGCUUUUAUAAAAAAGAAAAAAAAGAAACCGGAAGUCUUCGUUCUCUCCAGCGGAACUCAGCAGGCAGACCAAAACACAGCCUUGAUUUCAGGGGGACUCAUAACAUCGUCGGACACAUGUCUUCUCUCAGGUGACAGCCUUGUUUUUUAGUAUAUGUUGGAGCAGGGAUGUGUGAAGCAGCAGAGAAGGACCUGUAUGCUGUCCUGGGAGCCAGCCCCUCAGACUCAGUGCAGCAGCUCAGACACAAGUACCAGCAGCUGGCCUUACAGUACCACCCAGACCGUCUUGGAGGUUCUUCACAAGCAGAGUCUGGUGUGAAAAGGUUUCUAGAAGUCGAUGCAGCCUGGAGGAUCCUGAGUGACCAGAACAACAGGAGACAGUAUGACCUGCAGAGGAGAGCGCGGGAACUGAAACAGGAUUGGCCGGUGGAUUCUACAGUCUGUCUGGAGGACAUGACCUGUGACGAAGAAGAGUGUGUGUAUACAUACAGCUGUCGCUGUGGAGGAGCAUUCAGCGUCUCAGAGGAGGAGGUGGAGGAGGAGACACAGAGGAGGCAGCAGGAUGAUGAAGAGGAGGAAACAGAAGAAGAAGAGCACAGAGGAGUGGUUGUUUGCUGUGAUACAUGUUCCCUCAGUGUGUGUGUCACUUGGUUAUUACAUAGAAAGACUCAAAUGUUAAAAUGACAAUAAUAAUACGUGUUUGGAAACCUUUCCCCUCUGACCCUGUCAAGCUAGGCUUUGAAUUGGUCUUUCUUUGUAUUGUAUUGUAUAGUAUGUAAUGUACAGGCAUUUAACACAUACAUAAUACAAUUAUGAUUUUGAUAAAACAUUAUAGAAUAAAAUAUAUUUUUUUCUA